AUGGUGAUUAAAGCCGGUCAAGUCUUCGACGGAAAGAACCAGCGAUUUGUCAGCGGUUGGGGCGGUGGCGACCAGGAAGAAGGACAAGACCCCAUCUUUGAACUGGAAGCCGGAGCUUCCAUCAAGAACGUUGUGAUCGGCGCCCCCGCAGCCGAUGGUAUCCACUGUAUGGGAGCUUGUGACAUCACGAAUGUCUUCUGGGAGGAUGUUGGAGAAGAUGCCGCUACCUUCAAAGGCAAGGCCUCAGACAAGUACAACAUCAUUGGCGGAGGCGCAAAGAAGGCUGACGACAAGGUCUUCCAACACAACGGAGGCGGCACUGUUACCAUCAAGAACUUUGAUGUAGGUUGAAGAGGGGCUCAAGAGUUUCAAAAUACUCUUUGAUUUAGAAUCUGUUUGUGACUCUAAUUUCUUGCAUUUAGGCCCAAGACAUCGGAAAACUCUACCGCUCUUGCGGAAACUGCGUUAACAACGGAUUCGAUCGUCACGUCGUGAUGGAUGGCGUCACCGUUUCCGGCAAAAUGUUGGUCCUCGCCGGUGUCAACGGAAAUUACGGCGACACCGCCACCUUGACCAAUGUGAAAAUCCCAGCCGGAGGUACGGCUUGCGAAAACUUCAAGGGAGUCAACGACAACAAGGUUGAGCCAAAAGGCGUGGCCUCUUACAAGCAGGGACAAGAUGGCGAUGGCAAGGUUUGCAUCUACAAGAAGGCUGAUGUUACUGCUAGUUAA